AGCGAAGUGAAGUGUUGAUCUUACGGAGCCAUCCAGGCCCUGGACGCAGGGCCCUGGGGUGUCUCUGUAUCCAGAGAGUGGCCUCUUGCCCCUUGCGGCUCGUGACCUUGAGCCAACGGGUCCAGACUGACCCAGCACCACCCGCCCCUACCCUUCGGCCCUGCCUCUGCCAGCCCCCAGCGGUGGGAGGCCUCUCCCAGCUCUCGGUGGGUCCGCCCCUUGCCGGCCCCCUGCGGCUCAGGCCCUGCCCCUCCCCGCAGCCCCUCCCGCUGGCCACGCCCUGUGCGGGCCCCGCCCCACUUAAGGUUGCUCUGCACCUGGGAGGCCUCACUUGUGUCUCCAGGCCCGGAGGGGAUGCGCUCUCGCCAUGGCCUCUGGGGCUUCUCCGAUCCUUGGGGUGCCCCCGCACCGUCUGUGGGCCCGGAGGCCUGGCAUCUACGAAGACGAGAAGGGGAGGACCUGGGUGACGGUGGUCGUGCGGCUCAGUCCCUCCCAGAGAGCUCGGAGCAGGGCCUCCCCAGGCGGCACACAUGAGCCUGAGCCCAGCGUCACAGUCCACAUGUGGCAGAUGCCAGUGCACCCCCAGGAGCCCGUGUCCCCCAGCCAGCUGACCCUGUCCCGGCUGCCCCUCGUGUGGCAGCUGUACUCUGGAAGGAGGUACAGAGCAAUGGAUUCCAGGCUCUGGGAAAUAGUGAGCCAUGGCCAGAUCGACUCCACAGAGGAGCUGGUCCUGACAGAGCUGCCACCAGGGAACGGCUGACCGCAGAGAGCGGCUCACAGGCUGGUCUUGCCGGCCCUAUGGAUCUUCAGUGAGGAUCUUUUCAUACCUGCCCUUCUGUUAGCACAUCUAGCCUGGCCUCCCUGGGGGGGAAGGAGGCAGCUGGGCCCCUGCCUACUCUGCUUUUCUUGUUGUCAUCGGCUGUCCUGCUCUGCUCCACACUCAGUGACUUGCCGGACGGACCCCCAUCUGUGUGCUGGGCUCAGCUCCCCCACUGGCUGCGAUCCCUGGUUUCUCUUUCCCCUUUGUGCCCUCAUGCCGGCCUUCCAAGUGCCCCUUCCCAGAUCCCCAUCAGGCCCCCUCCAGGCACUGGCCCGGUCAGACCCCCGGCCUCCAGUGCAGCCCAUGAUUGUUACUUGCUGUCAACCCACUCCAUGUCAGGCAGGGAGUGACUCAGUUUAAGAGCAGGCCUCAGAGGGAGCCAGGUCUGGACUUGGGACUCAGAUGGGCAUCAGUUCUGCUGGGCUGCUGGCCUGGAGUAGAUGGAGUGCUGGGCAGGCUGUCCACUCCUGGUCCCAGGCAGCGUGCACCAGGGGCUGUGCGCAGGGAUGGAUGGAUUUGGCGCAUGGCUCUCCUGCUUCUUCAGUCCUUUGGCUCCUGUGUGUGAUGCUGGUCCGUGAAGUUUCCUCCCCGUAUUGGUUAAUUAAAAUUCAUCACUUGUUGUCAA